GCUUCAUCAGAUCAACAACAAUGGACCCAUAUGCCUUAAAUCUCGUCGCUAGCAUUAGUUUGGGAGAUAGAAUCACUUUCUAUAUGGACCGCGAUAAAAUCACUUCUACUGUAAGUUGACGAAUCAGAGGGAGAGAAUGUAACCUCUGAACCUGAUCAGUCACAUCCUCAUCAUAAGGUUUGGUCUACUGUCACUUUUAAUGGAAUUUUCUACUUUGGUCAAAUGAUAUCUUAUAAAUCAAACACUAAUAUCUACAAAAACAAAAGAACGUAUCUUUAGUCUACUAAUUUAAUGAUUCCAGUGUUAUUUAGGACAAGAAACGGUAACCACUAGAGAAAAAAAAAAUCAUAUUAAUAUUCACACUUUUUAUUAAAAAAAUCUUACAUACUUUUGGAACUACUUUUUUUUUUUCCGUCAAUAGUUAAUUAGAUUAAGGGUCAAAGCCCAACAUUACAAAACACUAAACACAUACAUCCAGACCCACAACCCACCAAACGAAACCCUAGAGAAACCAGAAGCGAUGCCUCCGCGUCGAUCACGGCCUCCACCGCUUCCAGCCAUCGCCGGUGAUCCAAACGACGAUCCACCGGGAAACACCAUCAGUCACUAACUUCACAAUCUCUUAGCCGCAAACGCUUAUAAUCCCGAGCUCACUGUAGUGGAGAGAUGCAAUCGGCAUACCGAGAUCUCAUCCGCCUCUUUUCAUCACCGGAGCUGAGAACUACAUAAUACACGAUUGUUUGCAAAAGGUACUUUCUCUCAGCAUAUUUUAAACAUGAAUUUAUAUGUUGUUGUUGCCAACCUAUCAUGCAUGAAAAUAAUUGAGCAUGUGGUCAGACUCCAUAUACAAGAAAAACAAAAAAAAAAAACUUAAAUCUAAAAAUUUGAUUAGAUCUAAACUUUAGAGCAUGAUUAAUGGAAAGUGAUGUUUUUAGUAGAAUAUAAAACCAUGAUUAAUCUGUACUCUUAUGGUGGGGUUCUUAGCUUCGAUUACGUCUCUUAAAUAAGAAAUAUAAGAGCGGUUCUUAGCUAAAAAAUAUAAAAAAAUAAAAAAAUAUUAAACCAUAAAUUAAGAAUCUCAAACUAAGAGUCUAUGUUAAUCAUGCUCUAAGAAUCUCACCCUAAUAACUCCUAAUUAAUCGUGCUCUUAUAAGAAAUGGUGGCAGCCUGUUGAUUUAAUUUUAAAUAAAUUAGGAAAAGGCGUUAUUUUUUUCCUUUUUUGGUACAACUUAAAACUGAAGUGAAGAAGAGAAGAGAAUGUUAUAAGAGGUUGGCGUUGCUUGACGCUUGGAGAUUGGGACAAAGAGAAUGUUGUAAGGUGGUCGCAAGUGUCAGGUAUUUGUCUUCGCGGCGCCUUUGGACCUUAUUAUCGUCACACGGCCAAUCAGAUUGCUGGAUUUAGUAUACUGUACACCCUACCUUCUCUGAUCAUUCCCACCCUCUUUAUUAAGAUCCUAUCCGACCCUAAACGAAUCCUUCUUUUAAGAUUCUCCCACCAUUCCUCUGUUCCUCUUUUUAACGUUGAUCAUCUCCCCCCUCUUCACCAACUGCUAAUUUCCCCUCUCCAGCUUUCGGUUGGCACUGCGUAACAUUUGAUUCACAUUGCUACAGUUCUGUUAUCUCUAACAGAUAUGGAAGUUUGUGGGGACCCUGAUAACUUAAAGAACCGCCCCUUGACUCCACUUAGGAUCCUAAGAGGUCUCAUCAUCCUACUCAUCUACCUCUCAACUGCGUUCAUGUUCCUCCUCUACUUCUCCCCCAUCUUCGCUCUCGCCUUACGUCUCCUUAGCGUACACCAAUCCAGGAAAGCCAUAUCAUUAAUCUUCGGUCACUGGCUAGCUCUCUGGCCUUACCUCUUCGAAACAGUCAACGGAACAUCCAUGGUCUUCUCCGGAGACACCCUUCCCGUUGAAAAACGCGUCCUCCUCAUCGCAAACCACAGGACGGAGGUGGACUGGAUGUAUCUAUGGAACAUCGCCUUGAGGAAAGGCUGUCUCGGCUACAUCAAGUACGUCCUCAAGAGCAGCUUGAUGAGGCUGCCUAUCUUCGGCUGGGGGUUUCAUAUCCUUGAGUUUAUCCCUGUGGAGAGGAACCGUGAGGUCGACGAGCCUGUUAUGCUUCAAAUGCUUUCGACUUUUAAGGAUCCUCGAGAGCCCUUGUGGCUCGCUCUAUUCCCUGAAGGAACAGACUUCACUGAAGAGAAGUGCAAGAGAAGUCAAAAGUUUGCAGCUGAAGCUGAUCUUCCACCAUUAUCAAAUGUACUUUUACCAAAGACAAGGGGCUUUAGCGUUUGCUUUGAAGCUCUACGUAACUCUUUGGAUGCAGUAUAUGAUUUGACUAUUGCAUACAAGCCUCGUUGCCCAUCUUUCAUGGACAAUGUAUUUGGGACUGAUCCUUCAGAAGUUCAUAUCCACGUUAGGCGAGUUUUAGCUAAGGAGAUUCCAGCAAACGAUGCAGAGUGUUCUGCUUGGUUAAUGGAUUCGUUUCAGUUGAAGGACAAACUGUUAUCUGAUUUCAAUGCUCAGGGGCAGUUCCCAAAUCAAAGACAAGGAGGAGAAGAACUCUCUAUUGUGAAAUGCGUUGCAACUUUUGGAGUGGUGAUAUUUUUGACAGGGGUGUUUGUUUAUCUGACCUUGUAUUCACAUAGCUGUUUCAAAGUCUAUGUUGGUCUAAGCUUCAUGUAUUUGUCUUUUGCUACUUAUUACAAGUUUCGGCCCUCACCGUCUGUUAGCUGGUGUAGAGGAGGUUCUAGUAAAGAAGGAAAAGAACAAUAGCUCCUGUUGUACAUUACAAUUUUUUUCCUUACACACAGAGAAACAAUAUAAAGAGUUUACAGGCAGAAAAGAUUUCAAAGCUGCCUGCCUUUUUCAUUGUU